GCGGCGGGCGGGUGCGGCCCUAGGCGGCGGAAGGCGCCAUGGUGGGUGGCGAGGCGGCCGCCGCGGUGGAGGAGCUAGUUUCGGGGGUGCGCCAGGCCGCCGACUUCGCGGAGCAGUUCCGCUCCUACUCGGAGAGCGAGAAGCAAUGGAAGGCUCGCAUGGAAUUCAUUCUGCGCCACUUGCCCGACUACCGCGACCCGCCCGAUGGCGGUGGCCGCCUGGACCAGCUGCUGUCCCUCUCCAUGGUGUGGGCCAACCACCUCUUCCUGGGUUGCAGUUACAACAAAGACCUUUUAGACAAAGUGAUGGAAAUGGCUGAUGGGAUUGAAGUGGAAGACCUACCACAGUUUACUACCAGGAGUGAAUUAAUGAAAAAGCAUCAAAGCUGAGGCAGAAGAUUCAUCACAUUUUCAACAUCAGCUACAGGCUUAGGAAGGAGGCUGGGAUGAGCGUGACACGGGCCGCAGCAGCUCCCUUAAGAUUCCUGGUAUUUCCAACACGUAGGAAAGAGGCAGCUGGCAUGACAGUCUCAUUCUUCCAGUAGCUACCGUUGUAAAAGUGUGCCUGGAUAUUUAUGUAUGUAUAAAUCAUGCCCUUUUUUUUAUUUUCACUUUUUGAAUGUCAAACUUUUUGUUAAAGAUGGCUAUUUUUUUUUUUUAUGUUGUUGUAAUAAUUGCCGGUAGUGAAUUUUACAAUUUGGACUUUUCAAUAAUGUAUUUUCAAGUCUGA